CCAGAAAAAAAAAAGAAAUGCUUAAAAGGGAAAAACAGAACAGAAAAAGAUAGAGAGAGAAAGAAAGAGAUGAAAGGUUGUUUCGUCUGAAAGUUGUUGAUUACCUGACUGAGAGAUAGUGGGAGAGAGAGAGGGAGAGAGAGAUGGAUCCAGAGCAUACUUUUAUCAGGGUGCAAGAGAGGUUUUCUCAGAUAUUAACGCCGAGAGUGAGAGUUGCUUUGGAGUAUAUCUAUCUCGUCAUUGCCAUUACUUCCUUUUGUAUGCUUGUUGUUAUGCAUGCCAAUUAUGUUCAACAGCCUGGCUGUUCGAGUGAGCUCUCUGGAGUGGAGUCAAAGGAAGUCCAGCUUAUUCAGAUUAAGAUAACCAGUGCAGGCUUGUGGUCACGAAAUGAGUCUGAACAUGCUGUUGUAAAUAAUCCUGAUUUGGAAACUGUAACUGAAAAUGUAGAAGUUGCAAAUGUUGAUGAUGAUGGGUUGAUGUUCUUGGCUGCCAAGUUUUGGUUGAACUGGUUUGGUUCGGGUGCCAGGAGGGGAAAAUUGGCAUUGAAGUUCUGGAAGACUGAUGGUGAACUUAUUGAGCAGCAAGCAGAAAGCUCUACGAACGUUGAAAGCUCAAAGCCAACUGUUGAUGAUGUGGUUGUUAAAAUUGAGAAGGAGGAGACACGUAGUGGUUUCUCUUUAUCUGCGAAACAAACAUUUAGAGCAGCUAUCUUUCACUUUGGCAAAAAGUGGUAUAGACGAUUAUCUUUCAUUUGGAGACAUGCAAUUCAGAUCUUUGGAAGUUUCCAGAAGUUGUGGAAUAUAACAGGUCUACAUUUAAAUCUUGAUGUUCCUAAGUGGUUGCGCAUACUUCACUUGGACAGGCUUAACUCAUAUGCAGUGCAGUGGCUUGAGAAACGAAGUAAAGCAUUUGAGCCGACUUAUCUCUAUACUAUGGAAAAGGGCUACUUCUUACUGCCUGAAGUGGCUAAGUCUCAGCAUAACAUACUUACUAUUAAUAUAAGCAUAUCAGCUCGACAUCCCUGUUUUGGGAACAGGUGGCAGCAACUUCUCAUAAAUAGAUUUGUUGGGUAUGACACUAUUUUGAUGAAUAGUUUAUUACAUCGGCCUGGUCAAGGUUAUCUUUAUAAUUUUCAGACAAAGGAGUUCUAUAAUCUUAGUUAUGCACAAGAAUUGCCAGAUGGUACUGCAAGAUUAGAAGACUAUCUUGUCACCAAGUGUGGGGUGCUCAUGAUGUCUUUGUUCGUUUUUUUCACAACCACCAUGUCAGUAUCAUUUACAUUGAGGGAAACUCAGACUCGCAUGCUGAAAUUCACAGUGCAGCUUCAACACGCUGCUCGACACAGGCUUCCAACAUUUCAGUUGAUAUUUGUGCAUGUAAUUGAAUCGCUUGUAUUUGUACCGAUUAUGAUAGGCAUCCUGUUUUUCCUAUUUGAGUUCUAUGAUGAUCAGCUAUUGGCUUUCAUGGUUCUAAUUCUUGUUUGGUUGUGUGAACUAUUUAUACUGAUCAGUGUUAGGACACCAAUAUCAAUGAAGUUCUUUCCCCGCUUCUUUUUGCUCUACUUUCUGGUUUUUCACAUAUAUUUCUUCUCCUAUGCGUAUGGUUUUUCAUAUUUGGCUCUCUCUACUGCUGCCGCGUUUAUGCAACACCUUAUUCUGUACUUCUGGAAUCGUUUUGAGGUACCUGCACUUCAAAGGUUUUUGCAAAAUCGGCGGUCUCAGCUUCAGCAACAUCCUGACUUCCAUAUCACAUCUUCGACUAUACUUGCAUCUACUCUACACAUUACAAGAUUGAACACCAGGAAUCCAGGCCUAGUUAAUACAGAUUCGACCUCUGGGCCAGGGUUGAGACCUGGAUCUGACCAAGCAGUGCCAGCAUAUGGAGCCAGAGAAGCUGCUGGGGCUCAAGGACACUUAGGUAAUGACAACAUGGACCAGAGUGGCAACCCUAUGCAGAUUCCAGGACAACCUGAGCUACCACAAGCUGAAGCCGGUCCUAAUCCUGGGACAAUGAGUUCGUUCAGUUCGCUGUUGUUAUGGAUAUUGGGAGGUGCGUCAUCUGAAGGUCUCAAUUCAUUUCUUUCGAUGUUUAGAGAUGUGAGAGAACAAGGGCAGGUUUAUACCGACUCCCCUAGGCAUGAAAAUCGUGCAACGCAGAAUGCCCAAUAGUGGGGGCAGUUUUUAAAGGGACGGAGAAGGUAGAUUUUAGUGUUAGAUGUUUGUAUAGCUAAUGUUCAAAUUAUAUGUACCGCACAUGAACUUGCAUAAAUAUAUGUUACAAAAGCCAGUAUGUUACA